GCGCUUUUGAAUUGAAGGAAUAUAAGAGUUUGUGCUGCUGCUGCUUUUUUGUUUAGUUCUAGUUCUAUCGCUUUGCCUCCUUCGAAGCUUCCAACUUCCAGGUCCGAUGAUUUCUACACAAAGCAGCAUAUGACAGGUUUUCUUCAACUGUUUGAGAAUUGCCAUUGACUUGGGAGAUAAUUGGGUUGGUUGAGUUGUAUUUGGGGUAAAAUGGAGGAUGGCAGAGAUUUCAUAGACUGCCUCGGUUCCGAUGUCUCCAUGAAGAUCCUUAUGUGUUUAGAGGACCCUUCUGAUCUUCUCCGUGUUAGUGCUGUCUCCAGUUCUUGGCGGCAAUUCGGUGAGCUUUCCAACUUCUCUCUUUGUAAUAGCUCUGCUUCAUUUCCUCAACCUUUAGCUCCAUCGAACACUCGUGGUUUUCCCUUAUGAUAAAGUUAGAAUGUUUAGAUGGAUAACAUACAGAAUUUCAUUUCCAUGAGUUAUAUAUUGAUCAACUGGUUGAAGCACAAGAAUGUAAGAACUUUUCUGUCUAGAAAUGAUCCUGAGUCCAUACCAGGAAGAAAAAAAUGAUAGAAUUUUGAAGCAAAGGAUAAUAUAAAGGAAACAACCAUAUCGAAUGGUGAUAGUCCCAAUGCCUUAAUUAGCUUAUAUCCUGGAGUGGCUGUAACUGGGAAUACAAUUGUUUCUGGGAACAGUAGUUCCUCUAGAAAUGUGAAAUGUCCUAGCUUUUUGUUAUGGCUCAAAUUGUUGAUUUCUGUAACCAGCCAUAGGCAAAUUCGGUUCUAGUUUCUUUGCCCUGAAUGCCUUUGAUGCAUGUCCCAUUUCUGACCACAAUCAGACCACCUUUAUGGUUUUGAAACAGAACAUGGUAUAAUUACAUUUAGCAUUCGUUUUCAAACGCUUCUGCCUGGUUGGUGAUAAAUGAAGAAGAGAUCUUCAACUGUUUUUCCCUUUGUUUGAUGUUGCAGUAGUUGCAAAUGGAUUAUGUAAGCUGCUCUGUUUGAAGUUGUUCCCCGAGAUGUCGGAUGUGUGUUGUGAUAUCGAUAGCAGUCAAAUUAUCGAACCUGUUGAGUUCAGAUCCUAUGAGUCAAUGGAAUGGUCAUGUCUGAAACGCGAACAUAAGGUCUAUGCCUUUUUGGCUCGAGGUCUUGACUCCUCUGUAAGGAACGAUUGCUUGCUUAAGGCUAUAAGUGCAUCAAGCACCGAUAAUUAUCCUGAUGAAAGCAUUCAGAAUACGUUAACAUCCAACGAUAGGAUUGGUCAGAGAGCUUCAUACUGGUCAAGCAAGGGUGAGAGUGAUGCUACAGUUCCUGAGACCUUGACGUAUAAUUUGAUGGCUAAAAUGUGCUUGGUAACUGAAAUUCAUAUACAACCGUUUAAAGCGUAUUUUCAGUUUGGUUUCCCCAUAUACUCAGCAAAGUCUGUAAGGUUUUUGAUGGGGCAUUCUACUUGUAACAUGGAACCAAAAAGUGGUAGAGAUGAGUCAUCGUCCUCUCAAGAAUCACCUCAUGAAAAGUAUGUGUGGACAUACAUUUCCCCAGAGUUUUUUAUGGCUCAGGAGAACCGCUUGCAAAAAUUCAAGCUGCCAAAACCUGUUCUGUGCAUUGGUGGAAUUUUGCAGGUUCAACUCUUGGGGAGAGUGCAGAGACAAGAAAUGGAUGGUCUCUACUAUAUGUGUAUUGCCCACGUUCAAGUUGUUGGACGGCCUCUUUCAUCGGCUUUCGAUGUUGAGAUAUUGGAUCGAUCAGGAAAAUGCAAGUUGAGGCACUUAUCUGAACAGCACCUUCAUUCGUGUGAGAAGCAAUCUCCUCAGGGGGAGAAGUUGAGUCCUUCAAGCUUUCACACGUUCAGUGCUAGAGUGAGAGGAUGGGAACAAAUGAUACUUAACACGUUAUUCCGUGAUAGAGCUGAAGAGCUUCAUGAUAGUGAUCUCGACCUUGAUGAGGACGCGGAUUAUGAGAUUUGAUUCUUCUAUUAGCCUCAAAUUCUGUCUUUCAUCUAACCUUCUCGAGGUCAUGUCUGAAUGCCCCCCUCUUCUCUCUUUACUUUUACUUUUUGGCGGAGGGAAGUUAUAUUUUACUAUCCGCACCACGUUCUGGCUUUUCUUCAAGAGUUGGAACCUCUAAUCUAAGAUGUUUGAGGAAUUGACUGCUACAGCCGUGAGGCAGAUUUCCCCUUUCUGUGAUCUUUUGCACAUUGGUACAAAAUGAAAAGGGCACGUCUGGCCUUCCGUGAGAAUUGGAAGAAGUGCAAUUGCAGGUUGCGAGGAGGAGACAAAGAUAAAUCUCCAAAUGGCGAAUAAUUGUAAAUCACUCUAAAUUUUGGCCCAAUGUUCUUAAAUCUGUCUAGAUAAUACACUUGUGAAAAUAAGACGUCAGAGUAAAAGCUAGAUAUGAUCACAAUCCAUUACGGAGAGCUGUGAAAAUGUUGAGAUGAGGGAUCCAAGCCUACUGUACAAACAUAUUUUCAGGGACGAAAAAAAAAAGAAAAAAAAAGCACAUCUUUCUGAAACAAAUUACAUUAAAGUUAAGCCUUCCAAUCAAAAUUCAUGUUAUCAUCAAGGUCACUGCCAAGAAAACUACUCUCUGGGAAGUCGUUUGGUAUGUCAGGUACCAUUUCUUCUGACAAGUGAAGACCCUGAGGUAGUUCCAUAGAUUUCUGGUUGAAGCUACUAUUUCCUCCAGGCCCAGAGGAUUCACUGUUUGAAGCGCCUUUGAAACUAUUGC